GUUAAUUUAUUAGUUUUUCAAUAUGAUUUCCUGACUAUUCGGUUUUACAUUAGCUCUCGGAAACGAAUGAUUUUUCUCAAAUUACGCGGUUAUUACCGGUAUAGCUCUGUAACUUUUGUUAUAAAAAUAUGGACUUAUCUUCUUACAAUAUUACUCGGUCUUUCUGCUUUUAUUUGAUGAUGGAUUUUACCUACAGUGAAUCGCAUAGCUGCUAAGCCAGCAAACAUUUAAAAUUUACCGCCUCCUCCCCGCUGCAUCCCGGAGCAGCUGUGUGGGAUCUACUUAUGCUUUUGCUACAUCCGUUCCUCAUUGGGAUAAACUUGGUCAACUGUUUCUCGAGCCCCGAGUACAUAUCUAAACGAUCAGCCGUUAAGGGGCGCCGGGCCUUCAUUUGCUGAGCUUAGUUGCACAUUCCUGUCGUAUGCGUUGUAGGUGUGUGUGUGUGUGUACGCAUAUCGAUGUGCGACUGUGUCUGGUGAGAAGAACAGGAGGAAGCAGGCCGCUGACUUAGAGAGGCUCUUUAUGCUGAAGCAGAAGCACUGGCAGCAUUGAGAGCAGCAGCUCCGCUCCCUAGGACGACUGUCUCACCAGCCAGCAAUGAUCUACUAACAACUUCAUAGGUUCGUGAUCGUUGUCAUAGUAUACAGUGGUUCGGAGUGAGUGCAGUGCGUCCAGUUGAUCUCCACGGAUUCGAAGACAUGUGAUCCAGCGUCGAGACAUUCACUAAAAGAAUGUAGCACCGAACUGUGUCCGACCAUCUUCUAGCGGGCCCGAUUUCACUGGGCCAGCAAUGAUGGUGCCUGGCGCGAAUGCCGCCAGCAUCAUGGACCGGCUGCGAGUGAAGCAGUACCGACCAUGGAACGACAUUUCGAGGCUCUUACGCCAGCUUGCCGGCGAGAAGCAUCUAUUCGUCGAUACCGAAGAGCGUAGCCAACUGCAGCGGUGUCUCGACCUCUUGCAAAAAAGCAUAAAAAUCAAUUCUGCUCAGGGAAUGAUAGAGCGCCUGGACACCAUCACUCGUCAGCUAGGCCUUAAGCUAACAAAGGACCAAAAACGAUCGGCAGAAAGAAAGCCAGUUGAAUUGUUUGAAGUCUUCAUCAGCUCCGACAUGUUCUAUGUCGAGGUGGUCGUCGAAAGCAACGGGCAUGUUUGUGACGUUAAGGUCGCGCACCACGGCGACCCGGUUAGCUGUCCUGAGCUGUGCCAAGUUCUGCAGGAAAAUGAUUUUGUGACUUUUACAGCACAUCUCGAGGGGCUAAUCGCCAUAUAUCAACUGAACUGCGAAAAGUCUCGAAAACAAAAGGCGUACGUGGCUUUGCAAGCUCUUGAGAGCGACCUGUCAAGAGUAGCCGAAUUGCAAAGCUUUCUGAACGAUCCCCGCCAGCUAGUUUGCAAGUCUCCGGUGGGCAUAUUACAGCUGCGUCGAGGUGGCUUCCCUAUGCAGCUAACAUUUUUUGUUUCGCCUUAUGAUCUAAUUGAUUCGAUAAAAUCCGCUCCAGGCUCCGGCACUUUGAUUCCUUUUACUGUAGAAAACGUUCUCAACCGUAAGCUUGGCCAAAGCGUGUCCAUAUCAAUCGAGAAUUCGGGCCAGCACAAAUUGCAGACCGGCAGCCUCAUUACGAACACGGAUGGUAAAAUGCCAAAUUUUGGCCCACUAACCCAACUGAAUUCGGUCUCGCUGCCAGCAUGCUUUACAAUGAAGCUGGCCGCACCAAUGCCAUUAGAUAGUGAAUGCAUCAAAAAGAUUCAAAAAGUGACCGGUAUCGAGAUUCCUAAUUCACAAGUCGUAAAUUCGUUGAUCGAGCUGAUCACGAAGCGGAAACAGGUCGCGUAUUUCGUUAAGCUUCCGGACCAAGACCACACAUACCAUAUGAAUGGUGGCCAGCGAAAAGGGGCUAUGAUCUCUUCGAUUCCUUUCACGCAUCCGACGCAUGUUCCUCCUGUUUUGGAGUUUCUUCGUCAGCAGAGCCUAUUCAAUUCGCUGAUCUCUUCCUGUGUACGUGACCAGCCAACGGCGGCGCCACAGAGUCAUGUAUUCGAGGUACGCGCGUCGAGCCUAACCUCACUGUGUGUAUCCUUCGAACAUCCACUAGACAACGAAAGCCUAGUGACGCUUGAGAUAUCGCUGGUCGAUAUUCUCGGUCUAAAAUGUAAAGCCUACUUUUGUAGUCAGCUAAGUGAGCUCAAUCAGUUUUUGAACGAAGACGCAGCAGCCAAAGUAUUACAGCAAUCAUUUUCCAUCCCUGUACUGAUGAGAUCUAUCCUGAAGAAGGCCAAGGGGGGCUCAAGUAAGCCGCUGGAAGAGUUACAGUCGAAAACUAUCUCAACACCUUCGUUUCUUUCCGGAGCUCCGUCGAGCGACGUCAAACGGGAUCAUUUCGACGGGGAGAACGUACCCAGCUUUGGUGACAACAAUGGACCAGGAUCAAUGCAGCAGGAUUUGUUUGACCUCGAAAAUAUUAGCAACUUGCAAGGCGGGCUGACUCUAAAUAUGUUGGCAGAUGAUGGUCCAGCUCCCCUAAGCGCUGGACGACAAAAUCCUUAUCAGCAGCCAAGCGGAGGUGCCGCAAACGGAUCAGGUGGACCUGGAUCCCAGCUGCAGCGUAAGAGACCCCGUGAAGAUGGGGAUUUUUUAGACAACAGGCCCCUCGGCUUCCCUUUGGGGGCGACGGGGGGCCCCACAACUAAAGGGCAGUUGGAAAGUAUCAACAAUAACAGCGGUGAUAACCAGCAACAAAGUGGUGGCCAACAGCCUCAACAAGCACAACCACUACAGUCGUCUACAACGAAAUCAGUCGGCGAUCAGCUUGGGACACAAAUCAAACGGCAGCGUACAGACGGACCGAUGGAGGAUAGCGGAAUUGCUAUGUUGGCUACCGGUGGACUGAAUAAUGCGCGGGAUUCAAAAAACUUGCGGGCUGGUGGGGACUCGGGUGAGUCUCCACCGGCGAAAACCCCUAUCCCCUCGAAUACCACGAGCAGUGGUGCUACCGGCGGUAACGCUGGAAGUUCGAAUCCAGGCGGCGGUAACAUUAGUAGUAGUGCUGGCAGCACAGGCGGAAGCAGCAGCACGUUUCACGGGAUCGGAGCUUCUUCAGCCAGCGGGUCUCAACAACAACAAUUUGUUUCAAGAAAAGACAAGAGUUCGUCGUCGUCGUCCAGUGGAACAUCAUCAAAAAGCGAUGAUAAAAGGAAUAGCAGCAGCAGCUCCUCAUCCAGCCGGGAUAAAGAGAAGCGGAAAGACAAGGAUAAAAGUUAUUCAAAAGACGGCAGUUCAAAAUCAUCUAGUUCAAAAUCGUCAUCGAAGGACAAGGACCACAAGACAUCAUCAAAGAGUAGUUCGAGCAAGGACAAGGAUAAAGAAAAAGACAAGGAAAAGUCGAGUAGCAGCGGCGGAAGUAGUAGCCGAGGAAGCUCUAGCUCAGGGCUGAGCACAGCUGGAGAAAAAGUCACGCAAAGUGGUUUGUCAAUGGCUAAGUUUUCAUCGUCGUCAGACGUAGGAGGCGGAAGUACCGCGAGCCCUAGCAAGUACGGCGCUUCGUCAUCCUCUUCCUCCUCAUCAGAGGGUCAACAAUUUACCGUUAAAUCGAGCUCAUCCGCGCAAGGCAUCAAGUUGACUAUUAACAAGGCUCGCACUUCAGAGAGUGGAGGGGGCGGCGGUUCGUCGAGAUUAGGUUCGUCAUCAAGCUCGUCAUCAGGCGCCGGCGGAGGCAGCGCCGGAAGCACUGGAGGAGGUAGCGGUGGUAGCAACAGCGGCGGCUGUACCAGCGGAAGUGGGAGCAGUAGUGGCAGCAGUAGCAGCGGCAGUAGUAGCAGUAAGGCUUCAUUCUCAGCUUCGUCCUCAUCGUCGUCGUCGUCAUCAAAACACAAUCGAGAUUCACCGAAGCCGCGAAGUCUUUCAUCAUCACCCUCUCAUAAGACGAAGGUAUCGCCAUCGUGGAAAGCAUCACCGAAGCAUAGCUGUUCCAGUGGCAGCAGUGGCGGUGGGAGUGGCGGCUCAUCUUCUGGGAUGAUUAUGCCUCCGCCAGCUGACGUACUUGGCAACUCCUCUGUUGAUCUUGUCGAGCAGAGAUUACGGGCCCUUCACGGUGACGACUCUCCUAGUCUGACAGUGUCCGUUGGUGCUUCGGUCGGUGUUGGAGUGGCUGGGGCGGGAUCACUGUUUGACUCACGAAAUCCUACUGGUGGCCCUAUGGGACCACCGAGCGCUGCAAAUUCGUCGUUAAAUUCCAUCAGCCGACCGACACCUAUUCUCACGGAGGAUGAACUCAUGGAUGAAGCCUCAUGCGGAGUGAGAAAUCACGUAUAAUUAUGCAUAUGUGAAUAAUGUCUGUAUUAUAGUUAUAACAAUUAAAGUAUGGUGAUGAUGGACAAAGAAAAUUAUAAAAGCUUGCCAAUCGAGAAUGAAAAAGGUUUCAAUACUGCACAAUGGAAAAAUAUAUAUUAUAUAUAAUGUAAAUGAAGUGUAAAGCACUGAGUAGGCGGAACAACCCUGGAUAUAGAUAUAAAUAAAUAAAGACCAAUAACACGCGAACCACAGCAAACGAUGGCGGCUGCUACCUCCCUAUACCGUAUCAGGCUUAUCAACCGUUAUAGAUACAUUAACAACUUCCGUCAAAGCAGUAAAAAAGAAAAUUAGUAUUUUCUUUUAAGUCACUGACCUCCUAUCAAUUUGUUUUACGUAGUCAUGUCGUUUCUGUGCUAAUGUACAUGCUGGUCAUCAAUCUAACAUACACAUAACAAACCAUGGCUAUCAUGUCAAUAAAAUUUGAUCUAUCAUUUAAUUAUAGUUUAAUAUGGUGGGAUCUUGUCUUGUAAACGAUCACCAACACGUGAAGCCAUAUCUGGUCCGCUAUAGGAACUGACUGCUGUAUCGAUCUCCAAGAAGUUUACGUUCCUGUAACAUGGCAGUAGAUAGGCCACUUUUGUGCUUACAUGUGUAAGCUAACCAUAAGUUGUAGCUAUUACAGAAUAAUUAGUUAAUAACUUUGUGAUGAUCGUUUCUGUCCUUCAAGUUUAAAAUAUAAUGAGGAAAAUAAAAGAUUUUUAACGUUUAGUUA